CAAUACAAACUACUUCACCCAAAGAAAGAGUCGAGAGGAAAAAGACAUAUCCCGUAUACAAAAAAGCAGUUCCCAUCUAUUUGCUUUCGUUUGGAGCGACACAAGUUUCUUCUAUCUCUAUUACUCUCCUUUUCUCACGCCGAGAUUUCUGCUACUGCUCUAAUAUCUCUCACGGCCUUUUAAAAGAAACGACGCCAUUUUCUCACCAAAGCCUUCCUUGGCUCUUCAUGGACACCGUUUAAGCUCAAUGACUGACUACUACUAAGCAACUGGUGUAUAUAUAUAGUAACUUCGGGUUUGGAGCUUUGCUUUUUGGACUGAGAGAGAGAGUGAGAGAGAAACGUCUUCUGUGUCUUAUCUAUCGGGUUUUGUGUUGUCAGAAGCUCUAAGACAAAAUAGAACGCAAUUAUUUUCUAGGGUUCAAACGAAGAAAAAAUUGGAGCUUUUCGAGAACUUGUGUGUGGUGGCUUUUUCAAAGAACAAAGCUUUUCUUGAUUUUCGUUAUUGGUUCUUCUCCGAAUUUGUGAGUCCAUCUCUCUCCGUAUGGAAUUCUCUAGAGACGCCGGAAUGAUGAUGGAGAAUAAGCGGAAUGUCUGCUCUCUCGGAGAAAGCAGCAUCAAACGUCACAAGUCUGAUCUCUCUUUCAAUUCCAAGGAGAGGAAGGACAAAAUUGGAGAACGUAUUUCAGCUCUUCAACAGAUUGUUUCUCCUCAUGGAAAGACCGACACUGCAUCAGUUCUUCUAGACGCGAUGCAUUACAUAGAGUUUCUUCAUGAACAAGUGAAGGUGCUAAGUGCUCCGUAUCUGCAAACGAUACCUGAUGUUACGCAGGAGGAGCUGGUGCAGUACAGUCUGAGAAACAGAGGAUUAUGUCUUGUUCCAAUGGAGAACACAGUAGGAGUUGCUCAAAGCAACGGAGCUGAUAUCUGGGCGCCCGUGAAUACUCCUGUAUCUCCAGCUUUCAGCGUUACAUCUCAGUCACCCUUUAGAUGA